UGCACCGUGUUACUGUGCUGCAGCCAAUUUCAAAUCGGAAGCCAAGAUCUUUUGCUUGACAAUUACCAGUGCCACGUGACAUUUAUUAUUGGGCUAUCAGCGUGCAAGUUAUCAGCAUAAAAUAAGAUAACCCCUUUAAAAAAAGGAAGUGGAAAAAAUUGUACUUUAACUUUUCUUUUGGGAAAACCAAGUGGGAGUGUAGCCUUUUUUAAACUCUAUUGCGUAAUAAGAAAAACCCGUCGGGAAGAUUAAUAUCAAAUUAUAAUCAAAAUAGAAAAUACGAAGAUGAAUGCAUAUGCGAGGCCAUCGGAUAUCAAGUAACAUCUCUCAGAAUUUCAUGGUCUACUUGAUUUGGGCAUAUUACACAGCGACAUCUAUGGCUGAUGACGAUGUCGCUUGUUAAAGUGAACUUGAUUGGUUCAAUUUCAUGGAUGAACGAAAUUUAAACAUUCCAGAAUGUAGGUGGCAGGCGCUAACAAUGAUCACGAAUUAAUAUAUUGAUGCCAAUCCAAGGGCCUUUGCUAACUUUGUUAAUGUUGCUAACGUAUAAAAAGGUCGUAGAAUCGGGAACGACCACAAGGUCAGGAUUCUUCCAACGCUUGUGACUGCAUGAUCUGAUAACUAUUACAGUGAACUAGUGCUUUAUUUAUUUAAAGGAACGUAUGCUGCUAACGUUCAGCGACGUUUAGAAAUGCCUUUCCAUUUUGCUGUAUUGUGCUGUGUUCUUUUUCAAAUCCUUGUUUUCAUUCAAGAACUGAGUGCUACAACGACUGAGACUCUAACAUAUUGGAAAUGCCUGCAGAACGAAAAUCCAGAUUGCCACUGUUUUCCGGUAAAUAGUAAAAACUUAGACGAUUUCAAGUUCCAGUGUUCAGUUGGUGAGGAUGGAAUUUCGGGAAACUUCCGGCGCCAGGCAAAAGACGUCAAUUUAUUUGAAAUCAAUUGUCCGUGUAGAAAUGAAGCCAACCCCUUCACAGAAUCUGUGUACGCAAACUUUAAAGAGUAUCCAACUAGCAAUUUUACAAUUCUAGAGUUCAAAUUGGACUACUGCCCACUUCCACAGGAAAAUUUGUCGACAUUAUUUGCGAAGCAGAUGAAUCCCCACAUCAUUCAGCGUAUUACGCUGCGCUCAUGUUCUCCUAUUCGAUCUCUUCACCGGAAUUCAUUUCGCAAUAUGACAAAACUAAAGAAAAUCGAAUUGACUGACAAUCAACUUGAAUAUUUACCAGACGGUGUGUUUGAUGAUCAAUUAAAUUUAGUGCAACUUUUGCUGGAAGGUAAUAAACUGGAAAAAAUAAGCGGGAAAAUAUUCAAAAAUAUUCCGCUACUGAAUAUCCUGAACUUGAGCUCAAAUAAAAUAAAAAAAUUUGAAAUUGGUGCCUUAAGUAAUCUCCCAAACUUGGCUCAGUUACAACUCAGGAAAAAUCAUCUUGAUAAACUUCCCUCUGAUGUUCUACAAUCUCUGGCGAAUUUAGCUACUUUGGAUCUGAGUUUUAAUAAGUUAACAAGUUUGGAUAAGGAUGCUUUCCAGUUCAACACAGAUUUGAUGGAACUUCAUUUGCAGAGCAACUCGCUUCAAGUACUGCCUGAAGGAGUAUUUCGCAACAACAAAAUGCUGACAACAUUAUUUUUGCAGUCAAACCCCAAGCUCUCGACAGUUCAUCGCAGAGUCUUCGAAAAUCUGGCGUUAUUGACGGUUUUAGAUUUGAGUCAGUGUUCCUUCAACCAGUCGUCAUUCGACCAAUACACGUUUUCAAAUUUAUCCCAAUUGAACACCCUUAAGCUGUCAAGAAAUAAGCUAAAUGGAUUGCCUGCAGGUUGGUUCAAUGGACUGACAAAUUUGACCCAUUUGGAUCUAUCGUUUAAUUCGAUUUCAACCAUCGAAGAUAAUGUGUUUAGUAGUUUGCGACUUUUGAACACUCUCAGCCUGAAUGGAAAUUACCUAGUGCGAAUUGAAGCUAAUGCUUUCCAAGGCAUCGGAGCCUUGAAAAGCUUAUAUCUUCAAGAAAAUCAAAUUGAAGUCAUUCAAGCAGAAGCCAUGAGACAUUUGCAAGAAUUAACUACUAUUAAUUUAGCACGCAAUCGUCUCAAAUUUGACGAAGGUCUUAUUUUAAACGGCGGGUGGAAACAAUCGCCAUUACAAUACAAUUUAAAAUUAGAAAAAAUCGAUCUGUCUCGGAAUCAAAUCGCGGACCUAUUCUCCGAUUGGUCAUCGAUGAAAUCAUUAAGUCUCCUUAACCUGGCUCACAAUCAAAUGACAAGUUUGGAUUUCAAAGACCUAUCAAAUUUAUCGCCUCUAACUAAGUUUAUAUUGGACCUUAGUAACAAUCAAAUCGCCCAUGUAGAUUUCGAGUUGGCCAAAUCAAUCGACGGCCAAUCAACUGAUGGAAAAGCUCCGAUGACGGAAAAGACAGUUAACCUUGAUAAGAAUCCACUGGUGUGCGAUUGUAAUGCAUACUUUAUGGCACAGUACAUGGACCAGUCAAUACCGGGCGUAAGGCAUUCUUGGAAGAUAAAUCCAACCAAGCUAACCUGCGAGCAGCCAGCCUCACUUGGCGGACGUGCAAUUUCUGAAGUGAAUCCAUCGCAAUUUCUUUGCAACCGCACCAACGAAGAUUUUUCGCCGUGCGAAUGGUACGUACGGCCGGUAGAUAGAACACUGUUGUUCGACUGUCAGCACAAGAACCUGAACGAAAUUCCUACUCGCCUACCCCGACACGAGGAUUACAAAAUUCAGAUGAAUCUUUCGUCCAAUUCGAUUAAUAUCGGACAAAUUUACCCCAACUCGUCUGACUGUUGCCCAGAUGUCACCUGGCUGGAUUUGAGUCACAACGGAAUGGACGAGUCUUCAAUGUCUGAUUCCCAACAUUGGGCUCAAAAUCUUCAUCUCCGUUUCCCUAAACUCAAUCGGCUAGACCUUACCCACAACAAUUUCAACUCGAUUCCUAAUGGAGUUGUCGACUCGUGGAACGCAAUGCACAAUUUAACUUACAAUUUGAACGGAAACCCUUGGAAAUGCGACUGUACAAAUUUGGCGCUACUGAAAUUCAUUUAUGGUUCAUGGAAACGCUUGGAAGAUUUCAACCAGAUGAAGUGCGAUGAUGGGCAAAAGAUUUCUGAAUUGUCGGUUGAAAUCUUAUGCCCAUCGGUGAAUGCUGCGGUGAAAUAUUAUACUAUACCUUUGCCAAUUUUAGCUUUGCUGAUAGUUUGUGUGGGCAUUAUAGUUUACCGUAAUCGGCGAGUCAUACGCGCUUGGCUUUAUAACCGUCAAUUGUGCUUAUGGUGGGUUGUUGAAGAAGAAGAAGAAGAAGGGAAUGACGAACGAAUAUAUGAUGCUUUUAUCAGCUUCUCUCACCACGACGAGAAAUUUAUCAAUGAAGUUCUUGUGCCCCAACUGGAACGCCCGCCGAUUGGUUUACCCCAUUACCGACUUUGCAUUCAUUAUCGCGAUUGGUUAGCAGGCGAAUGGAUUGCUGAUCAAAUUGUUCGCUCGGUCGCUUCUUCUAAACGAACGAUUGUAGUCUUAACCGAACAUUUCUUGGACAGUUUGUGGGGAAAGCUGGAAUUCCGAACUGCUUAUAAGCAGGUGCUUACGGAUAAACGCAUGCGAUUAAUUAUAAUCGUCAAGGGAGAUCUUCCCCCGUUCGACAAAAUGGAUCAGGAGCUUCAAACUUACCUUUCCUUGAACACCUAUCUGAAAUAUGAUGAUCCUUUUUUCAUGGAUCGACUACGAUACGCCUUGCCACACAAUACAAGCACUAAUGAGCCUGGUUCAAGAAAAUCGCAAGCGAUCAAAGAUCAAGCUAACCGAGUUAAUAGUAAGCCCGAUCUUCAUCUACCUUUGCCUUCGCUCGCUGAUCGUGACAAUCUAAAGGUACAUGUACAGUUGCCUCCUGAUAUUAUUGAAAUGUGUGAAACACCUAUCAGUUCAACAAGUUCAACAGUUCCAUUUUUCCCAAAUUCUCCUCAGUGAGAACAUUUUGUUUCAAAUUUGAUAAGAAUUUAUCAUUUUUGAGAAGCAACAUUUUAAAAAAUUUACUCCAAUUUGCCUUAUUAUGUGUCCUUGGGUGCGCAAAUCUAGCUUAUUAUAAGUUCGUAGAUGUAAGCUGCUUCUUUAUAGUGGGAAAUAAUCUUAUUAGCUGGGAUAAUGGGACUGGCAUUGGAAUAAGGCGUGUGGGGCUGUGUUACUUGGCGCAUCGGUACAAUUAAUUUUUAGAACAUUAAAUAUUAUACAGGGUAUCAAAAAUUCAUUGUUGCAGACAUAAUGACUGAACAUCUUUACAC